CGCAGAGAGAGGGAAAAAUAGAAAAUAAAGUACAGGGAAAGAGAGAACUGAGAAGAGGCCUUCAUUUAAAAAAAACUUAAGAAAUAGUUAGCUUCCGGUUUAGAGACAUUAGAUUUCAAAUCAGAGUUCUUCAAUUUCAGAAAGCAGUAGGGAUUGUUCUUGGCCAUGGCGAAUUCCAAGGGUCCAACAAAUAUAAGAAAUUUUAUGUUUUCUGGAAAGCAUCCUCUACUUCCUCCAAAAAGUCCAUUUCCUCCGGUCUCCCCCGCAUAUACUGAUUACGUCCCCAACAAUGUUAUUGGGUCAAGAGCAGUUCCAAAGCCUAGAGAGGGAAAUACACAUCACCAGCGCACUUCCUCUGAAAGCUUCCGGAUAGAGGAACAGCCUUCUUGGCUUGAUGAUCUUCUUAAUGAGCCAGAGAGUCCUGUGCGCAAAGGAGGUCAUCGACGUUCUUCAAGCGACUCCUUUGCAUAUUUUGACGCCUCUAAUGUUCCUAACAUUGAUUUUGCAUCUCAAGAUGACUACAGAUAUAAACAUAUGAUUACUGCACCAUCUUGGGCAUCUCAAGAUGCUCGACUUUCCUCAGUCUACACUGAUGUGAACUUGGGAAAGCAAAAGAACAGGGCAUGUGAUUCUUCUUUGGGUGUUGUGUCUCAUCCAAACAGACUUCCUUCUCUCAGGGAAAAUACCAGUCUUCAGAGUUUAGGAUCGUCACAUGCACCACAAGAUGUAGAGGGUGCUCCAUCAACUGCAAGUGAAAAACAAGAUUCUGCUGAACCUUCUCUUGAUGCAAAAGCUUCUUCUGGGAAGAAGGAUAAUUCUCGCACUAAAUCUCCUGCAUUUGAAAGUGAUAGUAAAUGUUCCAAGCAGCAGUUUGCUCAACGAUCUAGGGUGCGUAAACUUCAGUACAUAGCUGAGCUGGAAAGAAAUGUUCAAGCUUUGCAGGCAGAAGGAUCUGAAGUUUCAGCUGAGCUUGAAUUUCUCAACCAGCAGAAUCUCAUUCUUAGCAUGGAGAACAAAGCUCUCAAGCAACGGUUAGAGGGUUUAGCUCAGGAGCAGGUUAUAAAAUAUCUUGAGCAGGAAGUAUUGGAGAGGGAGGUCAGCAGGCUACGAGUCUUGUAUAAGCAGCUGCAGCAGCACCAAAAUCAACAGCAACAACAACAGCUGCUAUCAUCUAGCCAUCGGCGCUCUAGCAGUAGAGAUCUUGAGUCUCAAUUCACAAAUCUCUCCCUGAGUCAUAAAGAUGCCAAUUCCACUCACGACCCUGUAACUGGUCCACUCCGCAUUUAGAUAUUUACUUUACCUGAAGCUCUUUUGUGCCAGUACUUCAACCGCAGCUGCCCCAUG